UAAAAUGGAGUUUGUUGUUAAGGUGUUCAUCGUACUCUCUUUGCUGUAUUGUCCGGUAUCAUGCGAUAGGUGUCGGAUAAUUAUAGAGCGUAUGGAACCUAAACGCAUACAUCCUACAGGACCUUGCAGUAUGAUGGAAGACUACGAAUGUAAUGAUCCACCAAAGGUCAAGACACUUUUGCUGUUAGCAACUGAGAGGCUUUCAUUUCCAGCAAGUGAGCUUCUGUUACCAGAAAGUCACAGCAGGGUGAAAGAUCCACUGAAUUUAGUUUCUGGAGAAACAUUUUUCAAAGUCACAGAAAGAAGUCAAGACCAGGAACUGUAAUUGAAAUCAAAACUGAUAUGAUAAUCAAAUGCUGUCAACAGUGGUGGCAUUUAUAGAUGUGAAAUGUGACAUAUUACCUAUGAUGUCAACAGUGGUGGCAUUUAUAGAUGUGAAAUGUGACAUAUGACCUGUGAUGUAAACAGUGGCGGCAUUUAUAGAUGUGAAAUGUGACAUAUGACCUAUGAUGUCAACAGUGGUGGCAUUUAUAGAUGUGAAAUGUGACAUAUAACCUGUGAUGUCAACAGUGACGGCAUUUAUAGAUGUGAAAUGUGACAUAUUACCUAUGAUGU